AUGGCAAUCACUCGUUCCAGGAAUAAGGUUGCGGGUAUCGCAUUAACAGCUUCCUCGAAAGCCAAGGCCAAAGCCAAUCCGAUUGAGUCUAAGAUCAAGAUACAUAGGAGUGUUGCCACCGCCGUUAAGUCGAAGACAGUCAUUGCAUCAAGUCUGAUCACAGGCCAGAAGAUAUCCGGUGUGCGUGUGACUGUUCCAAAGACUGAAACCCCUGUAGUGCUACCUGAAUCGUUUGUAUCGAGUCACAAACCUACCUUCAUUGCUGCCAUCAACCAUAUUUUAUCCGUUGACCCCACACUUAUGGAAACUAUCAUUAGCACACCUUGGGGAAAAUAUGCCAUUGACGAGACAUCUGCUGAUAUCAAUUCCCUUACAACUAGCGUGGAUAUUCCUUCGGACAUCGGUGAAUUGGAUCCAUUAGCGUAUCUGUAUUGGGAAGCGUUGGUUCGUACUAUCAUCUCCCAACAGGUUAGUGGGGCAGCAGCCAAAUCAAUCAGAGCCAAGCUAUAUGGCUAUUUCGACAACGCUAUCACCCCUCAAAAGGUUCUUCAAGCAGAACCGGAAUCGCUAAGAGGGUGUGGACUAUCUAAUGCCAAAGUUAAAUAUGUUAGAGAUGUUAGUGAGAAGUUCACAGACGUAGAUUCGCCGUUACGUGACCCACAAUGGUACAAGAAGGCACUGUUAGAAGAGAUUGUAGAGGAAUUGGUCAAGAUAAAGGGUAUAGGUAUUUGGUCUGCUAAGAUGUUUGCAGCUUUCAAUCUUCAUGAACCAGAUGUUUUCGCUGAAGAAGAUUUAGGCAUAGCUAGAGGUAUGAGUCGGUAUGUUCAACUGAGAACAACCAUUCUACAAGAAGCCAAAGAUAAUGUGGAGAUAAAGAAGAAGAAGAAAAUAGGAUUAAGUGGCAAUGGGAAAAAGAGAGAUUGGGUUCCUCUUGAUGAAGCAUAUAUGAGAUAUAUUGCAAAGAAAUUCAGUCCUCAUCAAACAGUUUUCCAAUCCAUAUUGUGGAGAUUAUCGGACACUAACAUUGAAGUAUUGGAAGAUAAAAAGGACGACAUUGAACAGCCCAACCCAACCAAAAGAAGAAAACCAUCAAAAGAUUAA